GUUUUAUUUAAUUUAUUUGGCACACAGUUUUCAUUUUGAAUUAAAUUAUUAUUACUUUUUUUUUAUAGCAGGAGAAGAUACAUGUUAGGGUGUCGUCCUUAUCCAUUGAAGAAAAUAAUAUAGAUCAAUUCAUCAAGCAGAAGUUGAGUGAGGGUAGUAAUGGAAACCAUAGAACAAAACAAGUCAAGGGUGUUGGUCAUUGAUUCUUUGCAAUCAUGGGAAUUCAAUCUCAAUCAAGCUUCUAAUCACAAUUCACUUAUUGUUGUUCACUUCACUGCUUCAUGGUGCAUGCCGUCAGUGGCUAUGAUUCCAUAUUUUGAAGAACUAGCAUCAAAUUAUCCAGAUUUUCUGUUUCUCUCUGUUGAUGUUGAUGAAGUCAAGGAGGUGGCCACCAAGAAUGAUAUAAAGGCAAUGCCAACAUUUUUGUUUUUGAAGGAUGGUGCUCCAUUGGAGAAGCUAGUUGGUGCCAAUCCAGAAGAGAUUAAGAAAAGGAUAGAUGGAUUUGUUCAGUCCACUCAUGCUUCAAUUGCUUAGUACAAGCAUCUGUAUGAUAUUUUCCCUUUGCAAGUUGUAAGAAGUGUGUUUGUAGUCCUGUACUAUAGCAUCUUGCUCAAAGCCUUUUGUAAUGUUUUAUGUCAUUUCUUCAAGUGUAAUUUCCAAGUUCCAUUAACUCAAUGCUUUAGUUAAUGGUUACUAGUAUUGUCUACACUUUUUAUGUCAGCUAAACUUUGUAUAUUUUAUUAGCUUUCAAAUUGAAUUGCUUUUUUGUAUAAUUCCAGUGAACAAACGGUGUUGAACAUCAAAUACUUUUUCUGGUAUUCUUCCAUUUGGAUGGUGAAUCA